CCGGCGCCCCGGCCCGCGGCCGCCACCCUCCCAUGUCCACCGCCUCCUCCCUCCUCUUGCUCCUCCGCCGCAACGCCGCCGCGCCCGCCGUCGCGCUCCGCCUCUUCCUCCACCUCACAUCCCCCUCUGCCCCGCCGCCGCCGCGCGCCACCUCGUUCCUCUCGGGCCUCCUCGCCGCCGACCCGUCCUGCCACCCGCUCCUCCCGCGCCUCCUCCGCCACCUCCUCUCCCUCCCGGACCCGUCCCCGCACCUCCUCUCGCUCCUCUCCCCGCGCCACCGCAGCCCCUUCCCUCUCGCCUUCUCCCUCUCUGCCUUCCGCUCCCUCCGCGCGCUCGGCGGCGCGGCGCCGCCCACCCCGGUCUACAACCGCCUCCUCCUCGCCGCGCUGCGGGAGGACCGGCUCGACCUCGUCGAGGCGCUCUACAAGGACCUCCUCCUCGCCGGCGCGACACCUGACGUCUUCACCCGCAACGCCCUGCUGGAGGCGCUCAGCGCGGCCGGGCGCAUGGACCUCGCGCGCAGGGUGUUCGACGCGAUGCCCGCCCGGAACGAGUUCAGCUCGGGGAUCCUGGCACGUGGGUACUGCCGCGCGGGCAGGAGCGCAGAUGCUCUCGCGGUGCUCGACGCGAUGCCGGAGAUGAAUUUGGUUGUCUGCAACACGGUGGUGGCUGGGUUCUGCCGGGAGGGCCGGGUGGAUGAGGCCGAGAGGCUGGUUGACCGGAUGCGGGCGCAGGGGCUCGCGCCCAAUGUGGUCACGUUCAACGGGAGGAUCUCUGCGCUCUGCAAGGCCGGGCGGGUGCUGGAGGCGUACAGGAUAUUCAACGACAUGCAGGAGGCGUGGGAGCAGGGCCUGCCGCGGCCUGACCAGGUCACCUUCGACGUGAUGCUGAGCGGGUUUUGUGAUGCGGGGAUGGUGGACGAAGCAACGGUGCUGGUGGAUAUUAUGAGAUGUGGCGGGUUUCUCAGGAAGGUUGAGAGUUACAACCGCUGGUUGUCAGGAUUGGUGAAGAAUGGGAGGGUCGGGGAGGCGCAAGAGUUGCUCAGCGAGAUGGCUCACGAGGGCGUCCAGCCUAAUAGCUAUACGUACAAUAUCAUUGUUGAUGGGUUGUGCAAGGAGGGCAAAGCGUUUGAUGUGAGGAGAGUGGAGGAUUUUGUGAGGAGUGGUGUGAUGACACCGGAUGUUGUGACUUAUACUAGUUUGCUCCAUGCUUAUUGCUCGAAGGGCAACACUACUGCCGCCAAUAGGAUUCUUGAUGAGAUGGCACAGAAGGGGUGUGCCCCGAAUUUGUUCACCUACAAUGUUUUGCUGCAGAGUUUAUUGAAAGCCGGUAGGACUACAGAGGUAGAAAGAUUGUUAGAGAGGAUGAGUGAGAAAGGAUAUAGCUUGGAUACCGCGAGCUGCAAUAUAAUUAUUGAUGGGCUGUGCAGAAACAGUAAAUUAGAGAUGGCUAUGGACAUUGUCGAUGGAAUGUGGAACGAAGGAAGAUUGGCUCUCCGCAGAUUGGGUAAUUCAUUUGUAAGUUUAGUUAGUGAUUCAUCCAUCAGCAAAAGUUGUCUUCCUGACCGAAUCACGUACUCAACUUUGAUGAAUGCAUUGUGCAAAGAAGGAAGAUUUGAUGAAGCAAAGAAAAAAUUAGUUGAGAUGAUAGGAAAAGAUAUCUCUCCUGAUUCAGUUAUAUAUGAUACCUUUAUUCACGGGUACUGCAUGCAUGGAAAGACCUCUUUGGCCAUUAAGGUUCUGAGAGACAUGGAGAAGAGAAGUUGCAACCCGAGCACAAGGUCAUACAACUUGUUGAUUUGGGGAUUUCAAGAAAAACAAAAGUCAGAUGAAAUUCUUAAAUUGAUGAGUGAAAUGAAGGAGAAGGGGAUUUCUUCUAAUGUCAUGACCUACAAUAGCUUGAUAAAAUCAUUUUGUGGAAGAGGAAUGGUGAACAAGGCAAUGCCUUUGUUAGACGAAAUGUUACAGAAUGAAAUAGUUCCUAAUGUUACUUCUUUUGGCUUGUUGAUUAAGGCUUUUUGCAAGACUGCAGAUUUCUCUGCAGCUCAGCGAGUAUUUGAUGUUGCUUUGAGUACAUGUGGUCAGAAGGAGGUGCUCUAUUGCUUAAUGUGCACUGAACUCUCCACUUAUGCUAGAUGGAUAGAAGCCAAGAACAUUCUAGAAACAGCACUUGAAAUGAGAAUCUCUAUCCAAAGUUUCCCAUACAAGCGGAUAAUCGCAGGGCUCUGUGACGUUUCUGAGGCAGACCACGCACAUAGUCUACUCAAGUUGUUUAUAGCUAAAGGUUAUUCAUUUGAUCCAGCAACAUUCAUGCCUGUCAUAGAUGCAUUAAGUGAAAGUGGAAAAAAGCAUGAUGCUGAUAUGCUGUCAGAAAAGAUGAUGGAAAUAGCAGAUUGUAAUGAUGGUCAAUCUGCUGUUUCUGGUGUGGUUACCCCUAGAAGCCGGAAGCAUGAGCAGGACAAGUAUGCUGAAAGUGAUUGGCAUGCUCUUCUGCACAGAGAUGACAGUGCCCGCACGAUAAUGAAAAUUACCAACAGAGUGCGAACAGGAUGGGGUCAAAGAGGCAACAUCCAUGAACAUAAACGGCAACAGGAUGAUGACAUUUAUGUACUGGAGAACAUUGGCUGAGUAAGUCUCUCAUCAACCAGACCCCUAAGCAAUGGCAUGUACGAAAAGUUUGAGAAAUUGCUUGUGACUACGAAAGAUUAUGUGUUGAAAGCUUCAAUAUGUCUGUGCUGAUUGCUAACCACAUCAAGGUUAUUCCUGCUGGACAAUUGUUGGUUUAUACAUCGUUGUAGCCCUAAGUUCUUUGUUUGCAAAAUAGUUGCAGGGAAUGGGAUAAUCAUUUGGAAUUAUUUGUUUGGCUGUGCAGGCAGAGCUGAUGAUUAAAGCUAUUGUUUGAAGAAAGGUUGUUGAGGAGAUCUCAUCCUAUCUCUGGUCAGAGUGCUUAUGAUCAGAAACCAAUGUUCCACACUGGUCUGAGAUGUGAAUUGUGAUUCACUAACGUUUUGAAAGAAUCGUUGUCAACUGAUGUUAGUACACAGCAACAUGAUCGCAAACUCGCAACUGGAAUGAAUGAAUUCCUGCUCUUGAAUGCAGUACGUCACCUAUUUACCAACCGUGAACCAAUGAAACAAGAGAGCUGGUGUGCAUCGACGUCUGAAGCCCACGCGGAAGCUAGCUAGACGCUCAUCCAACUAUAAACAACUUUCUUCUGGUCCUUGCUUGCGUGAUGCAUUAGGCAUUUGCCCCACCGCUUCUCUCCGACCACAAACAACCUGCUUUCUGCAAACCGCCUUUACAACUUGCUAUAAUUGGGGGCCACUUACACGUGCUCGUGGUGUGGCCAUCGUCUACCUUAAGCCAAGGGGUGAGCCGGGAUUGAGGCCUCCGGGAUGGACAUCGCCGGCCUCCCUUCAGACCUCCUGGUGGAGGUGACUGCGAGGAUCGCUGAGCGGUCCGCGACGCCGCUCGACGACAUCGUCAACCUCAGGCGAUCCAUAAGCUAUGUCCUGCAGGUGCAAGGUGUUCCGCGACGCUACAGCGGCAAGGGAGGUGGGCCGGUGCAUGGCGGUGCACAAGGAGUGGCGGCUGCACUGGUGGGACACGACGAGGUUCCUCUCCGUGCUCCG